AUGGACACCGCAUUGAAUAAAGAAAAUGACUGUACCAGUGUGAUAUCCCAAUCAGUUAUGGACUCUCAUUUUUCAGCCUCCCCAAUCAAACCCUUGAAGUCACAGCGUUCGUUGAACUCGUUGAACUCGCCCAUGAAUUCGCCCUCCAGAAAGUUGGAUCCAUCCCCCACUAGACGAAGAAAAAUGGAUCAACCUGCCACAAACCCGUUGUCGGGUCUUCAGAAAGAGUACACCCAGCUAGAGAGAAAGUACACCGACUUGCUACUCAAGAACAACGAAAUAUCCGCAGAUUAUGCUCAACUUGAACAAGAUCUUUUCUCCAAGGAUUCCACUAUCAAGGAGCAGAAAGAGCGCAUCGCCAAUUACGAAACCUACGUAAGAAACAUACAGGAUGACUAUACCAAGAACAAGGACCUUCUCAACAAGGAAAUAUACUUCUACAAAGAAUUGAUUGAAGAAUUGCAGUUCAAAGUCAAAAAAUUGAAUUCAGAAUUGGACACUAAUAGGAAGCGCGAGAAGGAAAUACAGCAGAAGUCAGAGGACCCAAAGUCACAAAGCGAUGACUUGCAGGACAUAUUGGAGAUAUCUGAAAAGUUUAAUCGUCUUCUCAAGGACUUCAAAGUGUUGCAAAGUAAUUUUGAAUUGGAGAGAAACUCCAAAUUGGUUUUGAUAGAUCAAAUUGAAUUCUUGACCAAAGAGAACGAACUAUUAUCGAACCAAAAUUCUAGCAAGAAUUCCGUUAAGCACGAUGAAGACUUACUAGAACAUAUCGAUCAAUUAAACGAUAGUGUGAUAAAUGAUUUUGCAACAACCAUACACACAAUGAAUGAAUUGACAGACGAAGACGAGGAGGAUAAUAAUGAUUAUGAUGACCAACAACCUAAUAAUGACUUAAGCAUUGACGACUCGAAUGAAACUGAUUUAAAUCACUCAAGUGUGUUGAAUUACUUUGCUGACGAACUGCAAAUUAACCAUUCAUCUCCUAUCAAGCAUCAAUAUGGUAACGACGAAUCUUUGGAAAUUUCCAAGAGCUUCCAGUUUCCACCUCAAAAUCUGCAGCCAUAUUAUCCUCCUUCUCCUGAUCCUGAAUCAAAAGACUUGAAAAGGAAAUCAUUACCUGUCAAAAUUAGAACUUCUCCUCAUUUGGAUAAUGAAGAGUUCGUGCUAUCUCCAUUGAAGUUGGCAACCAACACUAGUCACAACUAUUUCGAUAUCGAUGACAACAACACACCCAAUAAUACCAUAGAAAGAUACUCCAAUUCCAAGCCAACCCAUUCACGUUAUAAUAGUUAUGAUAUUGUCCCUAUUAAGGUUGAGUUUGAGACUGUGCAUCCAUCACCAAGAAGUACGUCAGUUCCUGAAAAGGAGCACCAGAAGAAGAAGUUUGGAGUCAUAAAUGAGACCCCUGAAUUGCCAACCAGGGGAGCCACCAAGUCAUCGGUGAGAAAUAGUGCGUUUUAUGCAUUGAACGGAUAUGACGCGGACGUACCAUCAAAUAGAAACUCUAUCACUACCGCAACCUCAUCUAAGAGAUCGAGCAUGAUCAUGGAAAAUCCUGCCCAAGACAUGACCAAACAAGAAAUCAUGAAAUUAAAGUUCGAAUUGCAGUCCUUGAAAUUGCACAAUGAGAAAUUGUUGUCGUAUAUUGGCUUCGAACUACAAAAGCAAAAGAAUCAUAUUAAGAAGCUUUCCAACAAACAAUCGGCAAGGACAUUAAAGAAGCUAAACGACGUCAGCAAGAAUAUUGAGUAUUCUGAUGCCAAAUUGAUCGAGAGUUCCAAAGAUAUGUUGAUUCAUAAGAAACGGGUGUUGAGACUGGUAUCCAUCAAUCCAAUUUUGUCAAAGAACUACGGAAACAACAAUGCAAAUAAAGCCUCCAACCCAAUAGGAAUUAUGAACAAAGGGAUACUCCCACUUGCCAAUCAAUUACUAGAGGGGUUUGACCCCGAGCACCAUGAAUUCAUUGGCGACCAAGCAGAGGAUGAUUACGGAUUUAUGAAUCACAACGAUAAGUUCAGCAAACGGAUCUUUUCAAGUGGAUUGCAAGCAUACUUGAACUGCGAUGAAUUGGAUGAAACCGAAGGUGCCGUCGAGGAUUCGUUUGAGUCUGAAAAUGAGAGAAACAUCAAGAAGUACAAAUCGCAGCUGUUCUUAAUGGGGAAAGUGCUUGAGUCCAGUGAUGAUGACGAUGACGACGACAGCAUCGAGGAAGUUGAAGAGACGGAAGACACUCACGCCAUGAAGCGCAAGGACUCCGAAUGGGAUAGUGAUGGGGCCAGCUUGUCUUCGGACGAAGAGAUGGGAAUGUUGACUCAGAUCAAGUAUCUCAUUUUGGGGUCGAGUGCCAUCAUGCUGAAGAAUUCCAAAAAGAGACGAGAGCAGCAGCAGUUGGUGGACGAUGGGCUCAAGUUGAAAUUCAUGACCAUCACCCUAGGAAUUAUGAUUCUUGGGUUGAAGUUAUCGCAACAGACCAAUGCGUCUCGGUAG